AUGAACUAUCACCCCAUUUCUUGUCUAUUGUUUUUCUUCCAAUCUCUUCCUUGUGCUUCAAGUAAACAAGAACUUGGAUUGUGUGAUACUCUGUUUCAGUGCGGUAACAUCACCGCUGGUUUUCCCUUUUGGGGAGGGAAUCGUCACAAAGAUUGCGGUCAUCCAUUGCUCGAGCUUCACUGCGACAACAACAAAACCUCUAUAAUCAUCUCAGACCAUCUUUACAACGUUCUUCAUAUAGAUGAAAUAUCUAACACUCUUAGACUCGCUAGAGCAGAGCUUGAAGGUUCUUUCUGUGAAGCUACAUUCUCAUCCACAACCUUGCCUUCCGAACUCUAUGAGCUUUCGUCCACCUACAAAAGCCUCACUGUUUUCUACCACUGCGACUCUAAUCUUUCCUACAGUUCCUCUUAUACAUGUCCUGGUAGAGGCCUUGUCUCAGUGUCUGAAACCCUUGAUUAUCAAAACUCUUGUCAAGCCAGUUUCCCAGUUAACGUUCCAAAGAGCUUCGGCUUAGAAGAGAAAGAGUUGAAUUUAACACACUUGGAAAAGGCUUUAAAAGAAGGGUUUGAAGUGAAGUUAAAGAUUGAUGAGAAACCUUGUCAAGAAUCUUCAUCCUCUGGUGGAACCUGCGGCUUCGAUAAUUCAACACUGAUUUGCUGCAAAGAAUCCUCAUGGUCAAGUUGCUAUAAACUCCAUUCACUUGAUGGUAAGUUUCUUAUACACCCUAGUAACUCUCAGAUUCACAAACGCUGCAGUGGCUCGUUUAGCUGUGGCAAUCAGAAAGAACUCUUUUACCCUUUCUGGAUAUCUGGUAGGGAAGACUGUGGUCAUCCUGACUUCAAACUCGACGACUGUAGCGGAGUAUUCGCAGAGCUUAACAUUUCAUCUGUGAAAUUCAGAAUCCUAGAAGCUAAUUAUGGCUUUGGUAUCAUAAGAAUUGCAAGAUUGGAUUACAUGGAAGAUAUUUGUCCCCAAGAUCCUAUAGAUGCACCAUUCAACGGAAGCAUCCUUCCAUUUGCUUCCAACACCCAGCUGCUGACAAUUUACUCACAGUGUCACGAGGACUUAUCACACCUUGUUUCUAUUAAUGUUCAAGAGCUUGCUUGUGGGGAUGAAAUAAGAUACUACGUGACAAGAGACAUCUUCUCCCCUCUACUUGAACCGAUGAUUUUAAACGACUUCAAAACCUAUUGCGACAGAAACGUCAGUAUACCUGAAUCUGGAACACUCAACACACUGCAGCUAACUUGGAGUAGAGCUAAUCUAAAGAAGACUCUUGAAUACGGUUUCGAGCUUAGACCUAACCAAGAUUGUUCGAAGUGCAUUGAAUCUGGCGGUGCUUGUGGGUAUAAUCAGAGCACAAGUAGUUUCACCUGCUAUUAUAUGAAAGAGCCACAUAACCGUAGCGAAGCAUAUACUUAUGUUAUAAAAAUUGUUCUUUUGUUUUCUUCUCCAGGCAUUGUGGUUGGUUCUAUAUCAGGUUUGGCCAUUCUUACACUCGCAUGUUUAGUCUGUUUCAUCAGACGGAGAAGGAUGACCUUGAAUAAUCCAAGAAAGAAGAUAUUGGAUGAUUCAAGACAACAGUAUCUAAAAGCCCUUAUACCACUAAAACAUUAUAGCUACGUCCAAAUAAAAAAGAUUACAAAGUCAUUCGCUGAAGUGGUGGGGAAAGGCGGAUUUGGAACUGUUUAUAAAGGAAUCCUUUGUGACGGUCGUAUUGUUGCAGUAAAGAUCUUAAAAGAUUCUCAAGGUAAUGGAGAAGACUUCAUCAACGAAGUUGCGAGCAUGAGUAAAACUUCUCAUGUCAACAUUGUUAACCUCCUAGGAUUCUGUUCUGAAGGUUCCAAGAGAGCAAUUAUUUACGAAUUUAUGGAAAAUGGAUCUCUCGACAAGUUCAUCUCUAGCAAGAAGUCAUCAAUUAUGGACUGUGGGGAACUAUAUAGAAUUGCUCUAGGAGUUGCUCGUGGUUUAGAGUACUUGCACCAUGGCUGCAGAACAAGGAUUGUACAUUUCGACAUUAAACCACAAAAUGUACUCUUAGAUGACAAUCUUUGCCCCAAAGUUUCAGACUUUGGCCUCGCGAAGCUCUGCGAGAAGAAAGAGAGUAUUUUGUCAUUGCUAGACACAAGAGGUACAAUAGGGUACAUUGCACCUGAAUUGUUUUCAAGAAUGUACGGUAGAGUUUCCCACAAGUCGGAUGUGUAUAGCUAUGGAAUGUUGGUUCUUGAGAUGAUUGGAGCAAAGAACAAACCACCAAGUGAAGACUCUGCAUCAAACCAAAGCUCAAUAUACUUUCCUGAAUGGAUAUAUAAGGAUCUUGAGAAUCAAGAUAACGGAAGACUCCUAGAGAAUGGCAUCAAUAGUAGAGAAGAGGAGAUAUCAAAGAAGAUGACAUUGGUUGGUUUGUGGUGUAUUCAGUAUUGUCCAUCAGACCGUCCAUCGAUGGACAGAGUAGUAGAGAUGAUGGAAGGGAACCUCAAUGCUCUUGAAGUCCCUCCUAGGCCUGUUUUUCAAAUUCCCGUAGCACCUCUUCAAGAAACCUCUACAAUAUCAGAGGAUGUCUCAGCUUAUACAGAGAUAUGCUCGGUAAAUAUCACAUAAAGAGAAGAGACGUAAUGCGGCAAAAAC